GCAAUACACUGUAAAAAGCGAUGCCCGCGUCGAUAGCAUCUCUUCCUCCUCUUCCUGCAAGUGGAACAUACAUCCAGUCUAUCCGGGAGUCCUGUCAUGCUCUGAGAACAACAUCGAAUAUAAAAAUCGAACGCGAAUCGAUCGAGAGACUUCUUUUAUCAGCCUCAUUUACGGACAGCUUCCACAGAGUAUCAAAGUCUCAUGGACUUGCGUUUCCGCUACAAUUCCCCUCUGCGGUUUCGGAACUCAAUCUUAUCGCGAUCCUUUCCUUGCUCAAUUUUGCUUCUGGAUAUCGAGUACCCCUGCAUGAGCAGACGGGACGCGGUGCAUGGGACAACAUUCGAGCACUCGUGCUUUCAUUGUAUAUAUCCGGCACGUCUGGUGCUGAUACGGAUUACUUGUCCGCAAAGGGUAUGCAGGCUAUCACCUCGCAGACUGUCGCCGAGCAAAUGCGCGUGAGUAUGCACGUUGAACGGCCUCAUGAGAGUAUUCCGGGAGUCACAAUCGGAGAGCUCGGCGGACCAAUGUAUGAGCUUGUGAAACUAAUUGCGCACACGCUCAACGAGACCGGGAAUGUACUCGUGAAGGCGGGAUAUCCGGACCUUGGUACAUUUGUCUUGGAAGCAUUGAAGAACGGCGAAAAAGCUGCCAAUGGCGGCCCUCUUGACGUCGAGGUUACCUUGGAGCAAAUCGUAAAAGCAAUACCUGCUUUCCAAGAUAUGGCGGUUGUGCAUGGACAACCCAUAUAUUGCUUCAAGAAAGCACUAUUCCUCUUGGGCGCGAUCGAACUUCGGUUCGGAUCGUCAGAUCCCCCAUCAAUCCCUAUCCCUAGGACGUCAUCCUUCCCUGUGUACACUGACAACGUCCUGCCAUCAAUGCUGGUUCACUUGGGAGUCUUAGAUUUAUCUGAUGCUUCCGAUUCCCUCUCGUCCGUAUUUCCAGACCACUCGACCGACUUGCCAAAGCUAUUGGCAAAGUCAGAACCUGAAUCCGAAGUGGUAGCGAAGCUUCCUAAAGCUCCGCCCGUCGAUGGACCUGCGCUCACUACAGAGCAGGCAUACAUUCUUCGAGCAUCUGCAGUCGAUGCAUGUGAAGUGAUUGCCGAAGUUGCUCAUAGCUUUGAUCCAGCUACGCUCGAGGCAAAGGGUCUUCCCGCGAGUACGCAAGAAUGGAUGGAGGAAAUGACCUUGCAGGAUAUUGACUUCUGGCUAUGGGCGGUGGCAAAGGACAGGCGAGACUAUAGGCGCUUGGAAAGGUUCUCGUUGAGAAACACUGUCAUGUUCUGAGCCAUGAACAUUGU